UUUAAUAAAAUGUUCAAUUUAUUAAUUCUUUCAAUUUUUCUAAUUAUUCCAUUCAAUCAGUCAAUUCUCAAUAAUUUCCCUUCAGAAAAUACAAUUAAUGAAGAUGAAAAAGAAGUUGGCUCCUUUCCUACACUUUUACAAUUAGCCGACAGAGAAGCAUUUAAAUCACCUUUUGAGAGGCAUCUUAAUUAUUUACCCGGUUCCUCCUCCACAGCCCAAAAACGUACAAUGCGAAAUGCAUUAAUCCGAUUCGGACGUUCUCCACGUUCUGCAACAUUGAGAAGUGCAAUGGUCCGUUUUGGUAAACGUUCAGAGAAUUCUUCGAAUAAUGAAUUAUUGGAAAGUAAAAGGAAUAGUGCCCCACAACCUUUUGUUCGUUUUGGACGUUCAUUCUCUUCAAUACCUUUUAAUGAACAAUUUAAUUCUCCAUGGUGGAUUGAAAGAUUUGCUUUUCUUUGA